GUGCAGAGCUUUUAAAUUGGGGGUAAAUGGGGGUCCCCUUUUAUCUUGGGUAGGACCCCUUCUCGGGGUGAGGGUUCAUUUCCCUUUGAUCUUGGGGCAAAGGGGUUCCCUUCCUUGGUUUCAAGGUGAGGGGUCCCCCUUGAUCGCCGUGACCGCUUCCCUCUUGAUUUUGGGGAGAAGAGUCCUUGAUUCCAGAGGGAUGGUUCCCCUCGUUUUGGGGGUGAGGAGUCCUGAUCUUGUGGUGAGGGUUCACUCCCCUUAAUUUGGGGGUGAGUCCCCCUUGAUCUCAGCGAGGGGUCCUCUUGAUUGCAGUAUUAGUUCGCCUUUUGAUCUCGAGGUGAGGGGGUCCCUCUUGAUCUCACGAAGAACACCCUUCUUGAUUUGGGGGUGAUGGAGUCCUUUUUAAUAUCACUGUGUGUUCCCUUGAUCUCGGGGUGAGCGUCCUCCUUUAUCUGGGGCUAUGACCACCCUUUAUCUCGGGGUGAGGGUCCCCCUGAUUUUGGGGUAAGGUUCCCCUUUAUCUCUGGAUGAGGGUCCUCCUUUAUCUUGAGGUGAGGGUCCCCUAAUCUUAGGGUGAGAGUCCCCCUUUAUCUCGGGGCGAAGGUCUCUAUCUGGAGGUGAAGGCCCCUCUGGUCUCGGGGUGAGGGCCACCCUGUCGCGGUGAGAGGGGGCUCUGCAGCCGCGCCCCCAUGGCAGAGGCCGGCCUGGAAGAGUUUCGCCGCCGCUGGCGGGAGGAGCUGGCCCUCCGAGAGGGGCCGGCCAAGAGGCGGCGGCGGGGCGGGGAGGGGGCGUCCCGGGAGCCCGAGCCGGUGUCUCAAUGGAGCAGCUGCGGUGCGGUGCGGUCCGCCCCCGGGGGUGCCCUUGCCCAGCCUGCGGGGGCUGCGCCGGGCUACUUCGAACUGGCCAAGAGUCUCCUGGAGGGCGGGGAGUGCCCGCUGGCCCCGCCCCCGCCCCGACCCACUGGGGAGCCCUCCUGCCCCAGCCCGGCUCCCGAAGCCCCCCAGCCUGAGCACCCCGAGAGCACUGGCGGCGACCGGCUGCUGGAGCAGCUCAUCCGAGACCUGAAUGAAAUCAACGAGAUCCCGUUCUUUGACAUCCAGCUGCCUUAUGAACUGGCAUUAAAGAUAUUUCAAUAUCUGGGCAGGACUGAACUGGGAAGGUGUGCUCAGGUGAGCAGGACGUGGAAGGUUCUUGCAGAAGAUGAAGUGUUGUGGUACAGAUUGUGCCAACAGGAAGGGUACCUUCCAGAUACCAGCAUCUCUGACUGCUCCUGCUGGAAACUUGUCUUCCAAGAAUCCCGGGCCAAGGAACACACGUUAAGAACCAACUGGAAGAAUCGCAAUGGUGCUGUGAGCCAGCUGCAAUAUGAGCUUGGUAAAGUUCUAUGUGAUGUCCAUUCUUGUGACGGUGUUGUUAUUGCGGGAUAUACAUCAGGGGAUGUGCGGUUGUGGGACACCCGCACCUGGGACUACACAGCCCCCAUCCUGGAACCAACGCAUGGCGCUGCUGAGCCUGGAUCUCAGCCACAUGUCUCCUUUGUGAGGAUAAACAACUCUCUGGCUGUAGCAGCUUAUGAGGAUGGGACUGUUAAUGUUUGGAGUCUGAUGAUUGGUCGUGAUCCUGUCCAUUGCUAUCAGCACAACCUAAGAAUACAGGCAUUGGCACUCAGCCUAGAGGGUGCCACAAUUGCUACAGCAUCUGGCUUUGAGGUCAGAGUGGAAUGCCCCAAUGAGAAGGGAUAUUGGGAAACAGCAGCUCAUUUUGAAGUUCAGAAGUUGGUCAGCUUCCUUCAUCUGAUUCCAGAUGCUGGAAGACAUUCUGUCGCAGUUGCAGCUGCUGAAGAUGUGGUAUACCUUCUGAAAGCAGAGCACCCAAGCCGAGUUCUUCAUUCUGUGUAUGGCCAGCCUGUCACGUGUCUAGAUGUCUCUUCUAAGGAGGCAGCCUUUGGCGUAAAAAGAUUAGGAUGGAUGAAUGAAGGAAACAAGAUACUGCUGUACAGCCUGCAGACGAGUCAGUGCCUGGCCACACUGGGCAGCUCCCUGGGUGACUUCACAUGUGUCAGCCUCCGGAACAGUCCCCCACACCUGCUGGUCACAGGCAACAAGGACAGGAGGGUGAGGGUGUAUGAUCUACGCAGCAGUACAGCCUUGUGUUCACUCUAUGCUCACCAAUUAGGAGUCUCUGCUGUUCAGAUGGAUGACUGGAAAAUUGUCAGUGGAGGCGAGGAAGGCCUGGUUUGCGUCUGGGACCAGCGGAUGGGCAACAAGCUAUGGGAAAUGCACGCCAGACACCCUGUGCGUCACAUCUGGUUUAAUACUCAUAGCCUCAUUACAGCCAACAUCCCUGAUGAGAAGAGCCCCCGGGGAGCCAGCAUUCUGGACGAUGACUUGACUGCUCACCGAAGGCAUCGAGGAAUCAUCUAUGCUUAUGAGUUUUCCAUGGACCAGCUGGCCCUUGAAAGUGUUCUUCCAAUUUGCCGCUCGUCCUAUGAUGAAGUGGCUGGUUACAACUAUAACAUUGGCCUAGCUGUCCCUUAUGACAACAUUUAAGGAAUGAUCUCUUCGUUGGGAACAGAGAGGGCAGGAACCCCUUAGAGCCGCUGCCCCAUGCCAACCAACCCCACUGGCACCUUGGCAGUGAAUGGUUAUCAGAGGACAGGAGUGGGGGGCAAGAGAAGAGCUUUUCAGCCCUGGCCUCACUUGGGCCAGGUUAGGCCCCAGCAGGGGCAUUAGGACUCCAGAAUAAAAGGUCACUGAGGUGCUGGGAGAACUCAAGCUAGAGGCGUCUGUGGGCCCUACGAGAAAGAACACUGGACCCUGGAAAAGAAUAAUUGAUACACUGAGCUCUGGAUCUGUUCCAGAGCAUCCAUUACUUUAGCCCUCUGUAUUAUGUCCUCCAGCAUAAGCCAGCAGCUCUGGAGACAUUGGCUCCUGAGGAUUGGCUCAGUUUUAUUCAGAAUAAAGAAUAUAUCAAUGUGAGGACCUUUUAAAAACACUAAAUCUGCAACUAAACUGUUUCAUGCUUUAGAUUAAUUUUUCUUCAUAAGAUAAACGAUUAUACAAUAGAAUAGGAUAACUUUUCUGUUUUGGCCAAGUAAGGUCCUGGGUUUCCUGUCUUGUGAGAGGUUCUAUACAUUCAGGAUAGUUUUCAUCCUGAAAACAAUCAGUUCUGUCCCAUGAAGACCUUUUAGUUUUUCAGAUAGAGACAGACAGACAGACAGACAGACAGAAUGGGAGAAGGAGAGACAGAUAGACAGGGAGGGAGAGAGGCCUCAGCUGAGUGCUGGAGCCCCCUUCCCCUCCAGGAAGCAACUUUGUUUUUUUUCUGGAACAGCACUUUGAAGAUCACUCUGAGUUUACUGUGUACCCAAAGAUUCCCCCAGUGUAACAUCAGCCACCUGAAAUGUUGGGGUGUUGGAGAAGUAUUAACUGUGUUGGUCAUGGGUUGGUUUGACCCCCAUCUGACCUUCCUUUAAUAACAUUUGACUUCUGCCAUGCAUUGUCAUUAUGAGAACUGCCAAUGGACCUUUGGGCCAAAGAGAGUGUCUGUUUUCAAAAAGCCAGCUCCCUGUGGCAUUCUGCAUUUCAUCAGGCUUCUUAGCUACACAGAUGAGUAAGGCAGUCACUGGCUCGAAUGAAAUUAGGCAGAAUUUGUAUUAAAUCAGGGGUUAGAGAAGAGUUUCACUAAAAAUUAAAAAUGAACCCUAGAGAUCCAAGACAGCAUUACCCCUCUACCAGUGAUAGUACUCUUAAUAACCAAAUACGGCUUGAAAGGAUACAAUUUUCUACCAGUGACACAGCUUCCACUUAAUAAAAAUCUAUGGCAGUUAGGCACCACUGGCUUUGAGAUGAAGUCCUAGAUGAAUAGCCUAGUCAGGCCCAAAUUGUGUUUCCAACACCUGACCUCUGCCAGGGUUUUCAGUCAUCAACUUUACCAGCAGGGAGGAAGCCACUCUGUUCUUUGCUGAUGAUCCUUGGAUCCCCUCCUCUACACAUAAUUCAGCAUUUGCCCAGCUGCUUUGGAAAUCCUGGCUUCCCUUUCCUCCCUCAUCUUCAGGCCUUCCUCCCCUCAUACCUUUUAUUCACCUUCGGUAAACUUCGGAAACCUAAGGGUUGGCAGCCAUUGCCCCUGGUUUCUCGUGUUUAGCCUUAGUCUAUAAAUCUUCAUCCUGAUGAGCUCAGUUCUUUCAGAUUCUGGCUACUAAAAACCUCAAGCAGUUUUGCUCAUUAAAACUUAAUUUUUCAUGGUUAGCCUUCAGCUCGUAAUGGAAGGAUUAUGCCACAUGCAGUAUUUAGUUAUAGAAGGCUAUAAACAUAGGCACCCUCCAAGGGAAGAUUUAUCAGGGCUAAUGGGACAUAGGUUAUAGAAGGGGUUUUUUGUUUGUUUUUUAAUAGAGUGGAAAGGCCCCUGACCUUGGGGUCAGAACAGCUGGGUUUGGGUCCUGCACCUGCCAUUUACUACCUUUGUGACCUUGGGUAAAUCACUCGACUCCUCUGAGCUUCAGUUUGUUUCUCUGUAAAAUGAAGCAUUUGGAGUGACCUCUAAGGUCCUUUGUAGCUCUGUGAUCCUACUGUCUCCAUGGUUCCUUUCACAAAUAAGUCCUGUGAACCUAAACUACUUUCAGAAGAUCACCUGACUGACAGGAGAAUCAGGUAUUACUUGGGAUGGAAAAUCUUUCCGUUUCUGGAAGGUAAAACCUAAGACGCUUCCAAGGCUGUCCCUUUGGCACAUGUUUUGGAGGCUAUAGGUCAAGGAAGCCAUUUCUUGUGUUAACAGAUUAAAAACCAUGCCUCAGUUGUUGGGGCUGGAGGCUUUUCAGCUGGUCCGAUGAGCCAUCUUCUCAGCUGACCCCACAGUCAUCUGGGUUACUUCAUUGUCAUAGCCGUCAGGGCCCAGGCAUGCGUCUGGAGCUUCACCAUAGCCAGAGAGGGGCAGAUGAAGGGCCUCAGCCUGGAAAAGCCAGCCCCAUGGCAGGCUGCCUUGUGGACCACACUAUGCUAGAGGCCAGAGGGUGACCCUGCUUCUGCUCUAGGACUGCUGGCGCUCUCUACACAGGGCCCUGUUUGGAGCUCGAGGUGGCCAAGUCUCUCUCAUGACACUUGGGACAGUGGCUGUUUGGCGGUCUUGCCUUCUCUUAUUUACUCUUUCCAAGAGCAACUGUUCAGAUAGUCUCAAUGACCCCUGCUCUCAUUUGUCGCCAACAGGGAACUUUUUUGCUUUAGAAGCAAAGACUCACCGUGACAGGAUCAGUCCUGCACAUCCUUGGUACCCUUGCCCUGUGCCAGAAAGGCAUUCUGUAGGAGCUGGAAGCCCAGACCCCAUGCCGUCUGCUGCAGCUCCCCUCGGUUCACAUGCUCUCAGGAGGCACCACUGAUUUUACAGAUGAAGAAACUGAGGCUCAGAAACAAAUUGACUUGCCCCAGGUCCAACAGCUUAUCAAAUGACAGCCAGGGUUUAGACUUGGGUCCCCUGACUCAAAUGUACUAGAAGUACUUAUUUCCACUACAUCCAUCCAUCUUUACUAGUGAACCUGAGGCCAGGGGAAUUGCCCAAGGUCACCCGGCCAGUAAGGCUGAGAGCUGCUACUCCAGCCCACAUCACCCACACUCCCCAACAGCGUGUGUUUCCUUCUGCCCAGCUCUCUCUGUCACCCUGAUAGACGUCUUGUCAAGAGUCCAUUUCAUCCCUGCUGCUGCCUUGCUUAAGCUAACACGCACAGCUCGGGCCCCACCUUCCAGCAGCGAGCCUCCCGCAGCUCAUCUGGUCUGACUCCGCACCUGGGCCAGCAUCUCUCGAUCAGGUUCUUAAACCAGCUUGUUUGGAACCAAGGAGAGAAAGGUGGGAUUGAUGCUUGGGAAAGCUACCAGAGAGAUGCUAAUUCCCUCCCACUUGACUGUUCUCUCCUUACCAAGGUCACUGAGUGGGAGGACAGCCUGGGAGGCAAGUGUUUUGCAAAACCCUUGCCAAAGCAACUUGUAUUUUUAACUCCCCGAAAGCCUAGUUAAGUCACAUUGUGCUGUUCCCAGCACUGCAGGGGGGACUGGGGGGUUCACAUUCACCCUUAUUAACUGUAGAGCAGGUAAGGAUUGAUUCAGCUGCUGAAAGAAGGGUCAAGUCAGAAGCAGACCUGUCUUCCCAUUAUGAAGGAAUAAAAGCAUCUUCUGAAUCCCAACUGGGCCAGAGAAAAAGAAGUGUUUUGUUCAAGGCUAGCAGUCAUUCUUAAAGGGCAGCAAAUAGCCCAGACUGGAAGUCACUGUCAUUAUAACAUCAGUCCCUUUAUUUAUAAUUUAUGUUCUAAAGCUCCUGUAGACUGUUACCCCUGAGUUCCUCCUAUCAGGUUUCCCUCUCCAGUCUCCCCUUAUAUGUCCUCCUUUGGUAAACACAGCAAAUUAAUUUAUUUGUUUCAAAUUGUUGGACUCCUUUGCUGGUUGCCUCCAGUAAAUGUGGCAAACAUACUACUACUACUACCACCACUAUUACCGCCACUGCUACUACUACUCCUACCACCACUACUUCUACCAACAAUAAUAAUAAUGAUUUAUACAAUGCUUUAAGGUUUAUAAUUUUUUACCUACAUUAUCUCAUUUGAGCCUCACAGCCCUGUGAAGUAGAUACUAUAGGUAUUAUUACAGAAGAGGAAACUGAUUUGAGAGAUUAAGUGACUUGCCCAGGGUCACACAGCUAGCAAAUAUCAGUGGUAGGAUUUGUUUGUUUUUUAAAUUUUCAUUUUCAGUUCCAAAUUCCCUCUCUCCCUCCAGCUCCUACCCCACCCAUUGCAUUGAGAAGGCAAACAAUAUGUUAUUAGUUAUGCAUGUGAAGUCAUGCAAAAUGUUUCCAUAUUAGCCAUGUUGCCAAGAAAAAGUGAAAAAGAAUGUGCUUCAGUCUGUACUCAGCUCAUCAGUUCUCCCUCUGGAUAACAUUGUGUCAUCUUGAGUUCUUAGGAAUUGUCGUGGAUCAUUGUCUCGAUCAGAGCAGUUAAGUCUCUCACCGUUGAUUAUUGUCCCAAUGCUGUUGUUACUGUAUACAGUGUUCUGAUUCUGCUGACUUCGCUUUGGAUCAGUUUAUAUAAAGUCUUCUUAGGUUUUUCUGAAA